GGGGAACUCGAUGUAGUAGAAGGAACAAGAUACUAACAUACUGAUUUCCAACGAAAACAAGUCCGCCUCCAUCUAUCUACAUCCCCGACUACGAAGAUCCCCCUUCUCCAACCAUGUCGCCCCCUCCUCCUCCUCCUCUCCCCAGCACAAUGCAAGCCCAACACCUCGACGCCUACAACUCGCCCUACAAACUACGCUCCGUCGCCCUGCCCACACCCACAUCUCCACACGACCUCCUCAUCAAAGUAAACGCCGCAUCCUACUGCCACACGGACGCAGUACUCGCAGCAGGCCAAAUGCCCGGGCUACCACGUUCCUUCCCACACAUCAGCUGCCACGAGUUCGCCGGCACCGUGCAAUCGCACUCUGCGUCUCCCAGCGCCGCGGCACUCAGUUUCGCGGUUGGAACGCAGAUCGGAGUCCCAGGACGGGCGUUCCACGCGUGCGGAUCGUGUUUCGAGUGUCGGAAUGACAGGGCUAGAGACGAUGCGGUUGGGACCGAUGACGCGGGAUACUCUGUGCACUGUGUGCGUGCUGAGAAUAACGGGUUGAGUCGGGCGGGGGGCUUCGCGCAGUAUGCGGUUGUAGAUGCGCGGCAGGUAGCGCGGAUCCCGGGUGCCAUGACGGCUGUGGAGACGGCGCCGCUGAUGUGCGCGGGUGUAACUAUCUACGCGGCGCUGAAGCGGAGCGGAGUGCGUAGCGGCGCGCGCGUGGGGAUUCUAGGUGCGGGUGGCGGUCUGGGCCAUCUCGGGCUGCAGUACGGCGUCAAGAUGGGGUAUUGGGUGCUUGGGAUUGAGGCUGCGGAUGCGGCAUUAGGACUUGCGCGGAGCGUGGCGGCGACGCUGGAGCCGCGGCCGGUGGUGGUGGAUGCGCGGGCGACAGCCGCAGAGGAUGUAGUGCGGGAUCUCGGUGCGCAGGACGGCAAGGAGGCAGUGGGGGAAAUGGGGCUUGAUGCUGUUCUUGUGCUGCCAGAGAGCCAGGCGGCGUUUGACUACGGGAUGAAGCUGCUCAAGGCCCACGGGACCUGUGUUGUGGUGUCGUUCCCGGAAAAGGGGUUCCAUAUCGACUCGCGAGAUGUCGUCUUCCGCGACAUCAAGAUCAUUGGCAGUCUGGUGGGGAGCAAUAAGACGCUGCGGGAGAUGCUGGAGUUUUCGGCUGAACACGGUGUUCGGGCUAUUUCGACUUCGUUUUCGCUGGCGAGGCUGAACGAGCUGGUUGAUGAGUAUCGGAAUGGGAGAGGAGGAAAGUUGGUGGUUGACAUGGCUCUUGAAGACUAGUUAUAGGCAUAAGUGCUCGUUAAGUACAGCCAUACGUCAGACGAGUACCGUGAUGGCCAACAGGAACCUCGUUGGGGAAAGAUAGUCGUGCGGAGUAGUAGCUGGAGCACUCGCCGGGUUCACUUAAUCCAUGGUGACGGGCACCUUGAAAGAUAUUUUACAUUUACUUU